GCCAGGCCGUACGGUCACACUGCGCCUUGACUCAAUUAGUAUUUACAAUUGGAACGCUGAUAAAAAGUGAAUAAAAUUUUUGCAUCGCAGGCGAAAGUGGGAUCAAAUGGACUCAGCACAGGAAGACGCGUCCAGCACGGAUGUCUUUCUGGUCACGGCUAACGUUGGCAGCCUGUUCGAGGACCCGGAGAGGCUACUGCAGCUAUGGCUAAGCGAAUUUCUCGCCAAGAUCGCCCGCGCCCAGCCCCGUUUCCUGGCCCUCCACCUCCAGGAAGUGGGCGGCAAGACGUACGAGAAGUCAAUGGAGUACGUGCAGGAGUUCAUCAGGUGCCUCUGCGAUGCCCCCGAAAUGGGCGACUUCACCUGCGUACACAUCUUCAUGGACGAGGACUUCAAGUCAGCCGAGCACUUUACGGCCCUUGGAAGUCUCUACUUUGUGCAUAAGGAUGUUGAUUCUCUGAAGAUAUGGAAUUUCCUAACCCACAGCUGGGAAGAAAGUCUUCAGGACAUCAAAGAUAAACAUAUCUAUUCCGGAAAUAUUGAAACUAUUGCCACCAAAGAAAAGUCCAAGUUCCCACAGCAUUUCUUUCCGGAGUGUAAAUGGUCCCGAAAAGGUUUUAUGCGAACCCGAUGGGAAAUCAAUGGCACCGUCAUCGAUCUAGUCAAUAUUCACUUAUUCCACGAUGCAUCCAAUUUGGCUGCAUGCGAAAAUUUCCCCUCCGUUUAUUGCAAGACGCGCAGAAGAGCCCUAGUUCAUACAAUUGAAAGGUUCCAUUUGGACGAACAGAAUGGCACUGUGCCAUUUUUCCUCUUUGGGGAUUUUAAUUUUAGGUGUGACACUGAAGGCGUUGUGAAAGAAUUAACCGAAAACUUGACCCCUCAUCGCGUUCAAAAUGUGAAGAAUGAGAACGAUAAGAUCCAUUAUCGCAACUCAACUGGAAACAACGUACUUACCGUUGGAAAGAAAGAAUUUAGUCAUGCCGACCAUCAACUUAAGUUCAAAGAAGACUGGCUAAAGAAAUUUGACAGAGAACUGGAGCCACUUAAAGACGUCCUAGUCGAAUAUCCAAUUAAGUUCGUGCCCUCGUAUCCCUUCGAAGAAGACCCAGAAAUGCCCACCGACUACAUGUCCACUCGCUGUCCGGCCUGGUGCGACAGGAUUUUGAUGAGUCCCCAAGUCAAUGAGAUUAUCCAGGGCGAUGACUGGACAUAUGGAAUGAUAGGAGAAGCUGUGUGCAUGGGCGACCACAAGCCUGUUUACUUAACUGUCCGUCUUAAACCAAACAAAGGUACUUAUAGAUCUUGUGAUUGCAACUACACGAAUACUUACGCCAAGCCCAACAAAAUCUCAACAUCACCUCUGCCCGCAGUCAAACUGAAAUACUGUCCCUAUGCAAAUAAGCUCUUUGAGGAUAUAGCCACCAGUUCAAAGUUGAUUGUUGAAACGGAAGCUCGCAAUAUGUACAAUUCUCUUAAAAUUAGUCAAGACGAGGAGGCGAGCAGAACGACUACCUCGAAUUUCCCGAAUAUUAGUAUUAACAUAAUUGAUUCCGACAAUAUAUGCAUGUGCCUGUGCGCACACCUUUCUAGUAAUAGUCUGUUGCAGUUUGACGACUGCAAUCGAACUGGCGAGGCCAUUUGCCCCAUGUGCCGGAACAUAAUCAAAAGGCAGCCGGUGGCACACCGCUAUAAGCUGCUGUCCAAGCGCCUGAUGAUAUCGCAGGAUAUCAUUAUUAACCGCAUAGAUACACAGCAUCUAAGCACGGACCCUGAUCGACAAUACGAGGAUCCGUACACUCCGGAGAGCACCGAAUCGCAUUCGCCCUAUCCGGAGAUCACUAGCUCCUGCACCUCCACCUCGAGCAGUUCGCGCAGUCCAUUCGAACGCAGACUAGCGACGGACAGAUUGGCUGAGAGCAAAGCUGGCGAAUCAGAUAUAUCGCCCUGUCCCGAGGUGGGCGAUCCGGUAGCAGAGAAACCCGCCAGAGGCACUGUAACUCCUGGUCAACUGAAAUCGCGGCUAGAGACUUUAAAGCGCUUAUCCAUCAAAGACGAAGAAGACGACGGGGGCGAGGACGCAGUUGAUGAGGCGGGAGCGGGUGAUGUUGAACAUGUUGGCGCUGUUUGCCUUCCAAACGCUGCUCCAAAGCGCCCAAAACGCCGCUCUAAAGUUAUUCCUAUGUGUUGUACCAUCAACUAAUUGCAGUUUUUGUUAUUUUGAUUUAUAUUUUGUUGUUAAGAAUAGUAUUUUAAAGCUGGAGAUUGAACUACCGCUUGUUAAAACGCUAUGCAUUAUUUUAUACUUAUUUUAUAAUAAUUUAUGUAGUAAGCAAGAUUCAAAGAUUUCUUAGCAUCUGCAUGCACUAAAUCCAUUAAUCAAUACUUUUUUUUUACUUAUCUAAAGUAAUGAAAUAUCUAUAUGCUCCUUUUUCGAAACUCAUUUUUCUACAUUAAUUACUACCCAAUUGUACCAAGUCAGAAGGUAAAAACUUUAAACAGUUUUAUUAGUUUUACUGUGACCUGCACCUGAAGCUUUAAUAGCCAAGGUGCACGAGAGAUCUUUGAAUUUACUUUGUGUAAAUAUAAUUGUAGACCCCAUGGAAUCGUAUGUAAAUAUGUCGAGCGAUUGUAGUUAUAAUUUGUAACUCAUGUGCAUUUAAACGCCUUACCGAAAUCUCUUAAAACCUUUUAUAUCUUAUGUACCCUGUUCCUUUUCGCAGAAAAGCGAUUCAGCCUAAGCCCGUAUUAAACUAUUUCUUUGAAUCUGUGUUUUAAAUAUGUACAUUGUUUAUUAUGUGUUCGUCUUCUUUAAGGAAAUAAAUUACUUUUUUAUACCUCA